CCCAUACGCUUCUCUCCUCUUCCUCUGCUUAGCUUUUCAAUAGUUAUUAAUUAUUGUUCCUUUUCAUCUUGAAAAUUCUCGUAAAGCCACAAGAAUUUUCUUUCCAAUGUUCUCCAUAUCAGCUUGGAAUGAUUACAAAAAAAAAAAAAAUAGUGAGACCAAAUUCUUCUUUCUUUCUUUGCACUAACAAUAAGAUUUUAUCGUUUAAUGCCUUUCACCUUAUUAAAAUAUCCUUUAUUAAUCGUUUUGAGUAAAACAAUACAUCUAGCUCAUAAACUCAUUGUUCGAUGCCUCCAAUUCUUCGGUUCAGAAAACUAUGCUUCUCUGAUAUUCCUAAAGCGCUAUCCGGGACGAGGAUACCGUUAUCCCGGAAGCCAAACAGCCAUCCACCACUGCCGAGAAACCAAAACGGCGUCGUGUUGGGAGAUGGAGCUGCGUCGACUCGUGUUUCUGGGCUAUUGGGUAUCUAUGUACGGCUUGGUGGCUCCUCUUCUUCCUCUACAACUCUGUUCCGGUCCCGAAAAUGCUUCAGGCUAUCUCCGGGGACUCGGUUGAGUCGAGAAGGCCUGAAGGCGCAUCAUCCAAUGGUUUUGGUCCCGGGGAUUGUAACCGGCGGGCUCGAGCUCUGGGAAGGUCGGCCUUGCGCCGAAGGUCUUUUCCGAAAACGUCUUUGGGGCGGUAGCUUCACCGAGAUCCUUCGAAGAUGCCCAUGUGGUGGAUCUAUCAAGCACGAUGUAUCUCCUUCUCCAAAAUUUAAACACGAUUUCGAUACUCAACCAGGCAGUAUGUACUUCACAUGCACCAAAUUUAAAGAUGAUGGACUCCACUUUCGUCAGCCAUGGGUUUUCGGAGUCGAACAAGACAUUGAGAAGCUAGUUAUGAAAGUUGAAGAGCAGAGCAAGACGAUUGAAGAAAUGUGAAAACAGAUUCAGAUCCAAGCCGAAGAGAUAGUCAAGCUCAAGACUUAACGAAUCUGCAAUUUUCUUUAAUUGUUGAUUUAAUUGUUGUUCAAGACUAAUGUUUCUAUUUUGCUUAUCAAUGAUAUUUUAAUGUUUUAUAACUAUUUUUAGUGUUUU